UGGAUAUUGAAAUUGUUUAAACGCUUUUUAACUGCAAUCUGCGCUGUGAUCAAGGUUAACCUGGGCGUGACUUGCUGAGACGUGCUUCAGCUUGUUUAAUCGUGUAUCUGUAUAUUAGACUGGGAUUAUUACCUUGUAGAAUCUCCCAAAAUGGAUGUUGAUAAAGAGCGCAUGGAGAAGCUGGAGAAAUUCAAGGGGAUGAGUGACCAGGUACGCAUCGGUGGCAAAGGAACGGCCCGCCGAAAGAAAAAAGUAGUUCACAAGAAUGCUGCCGCUGAUGACAAGAAACUUCAAAGCUCACUGAAAAAACUAAAUCUCAAUAAUAUUCCUACUAUAGAGGAGGUCAAUAUGUAUAAACCGGAUGGGACUAUGAUUCACUUCAAGAAUCCGAAAGUUCAGGUAGCCCCACAAGCCAAUGUGUUCGCAGUAACUGGACAAGCUGAAUAUAAAACACUAAAUGAUUUGUUCCCAAAUAUGCUUAAUCAAUGGGAAACAGCAAAGUUGCGAUUGGCUAAAAUGAAUGGUUAGUACACUUUUUGUUUCAGAAUAUUUUGGUACGUUUAUAAUAUUUCACUGUAUUUUGUCCAGAAUCUCAGACUAACCAUAUUUGUAGUACAACAGGAUUACGGUCAGUCAGUCGAUAGCGUAAAGCAGCUGACCGAGGGUAAUAGUCCAUGUCUGCUAGCGUUUCCGUUCAGGGGAUUAUUAUUACCAAGCCUACUGUUACCAAAGACAUUGAAAACCACAAUUAUUAGGGUAUAGACAAAUAGCUCAAAGCAGUCUUGUCAGGCUACAUCGGAAUUGGUUAAAGUUUACUGUCAACUGAAUGAUAUCACAUCAAGAGCAUUCUAAAAACAAUAGCAACCGACUAGUUUUUAUUUCCGAUGUAUGGUUGCCCUAUCCUAGAUUCUGUAUUCAAAUCUUAGUGGUAACAAAUCGGGUAUGCAAAAUUCUUUUUGAGAGGUUGUAUCAGUCAUAAAACCGUGUUUGCACAGAAUUUGUGUAUGCGUUGCUCACCCCGAUUCAGCUACCAACCCUUAUUGCUACUGACCGUUUUGCCUGUACCCCUGGGUUGUUUUUGCAAAUAGCAAUUCAUCGACUUAUUAUCUUGCGGUACACGGUAUUCUAAUAUGGAUCUGUUAAGUUGCAAUGUCCAUUGAUGUUAGUAAGCCUUAGAUUUAUGCCUGCACUUGUUGAGAGAUGUGAGCUUUGGAUUUUUG